GCACAGAGUUUCGUCUCUUCUCCCAACGAAGGGUCAUCCCGUGGACGGGUCCACUCACUUUACGAUUUCUUCGGUGAAGCUCGACAAUGUCGCAUCCCGGACCUCUGAUAUACACUCCUGGUACAGACCUCUCGUCGUUCUUCGAGAGGAGCGGUCGCCGGCCGCAAUGCCGACCCCUUGCUUUACAGCUCGCAAGGUGCCAAGACGCCUACGGCUACCCCCACCACAUCAAGAAAUGUCAGCUAGAGUGGGAGGAUGUCCAAGAGUGCAGUUUCACCUAUCUGCAAUAUGCCCGCGCGAAAACCAUCAAAGAAUACCGUGAGAAGCUCUUCAAAGAAGGCAAACUAGAACAAAAGUACGUGGCGCCCCAAAAAGACGCGAUAAAUCAGGAACACGGCUGGACUUUGUGAGGACCGAUAAUCUGAUCCGCUUCAAAAAAUGUAUGCGCAUAUGCAGCCUCGAUACCGCGCUUGACGCGGACGCAAGUCGAUUCGGAACCUCUCCAUUCAUUUCCGCGUUCGAAUACAUAUUUUUGUCGUGGGUUGCUCCGUUACGCUCUGCGAUAUAUUUCAUGAAAGAUGAGCAUAGUGCUGUCUUGAUUGAAAUUAGUUAUGAAUGGAAUAAAAGCAGAUUGCU